GGGAGGCGCUGUAUACCUUCUUUAUUAUGUGCUGCCAAGAGCUUCUUGCCUCAUCCACUUCCAGACUGUGUGAGAGUGCAUGUGCGUUUGUUGGUAGAUGUUUCUACUCAUGAGCUUUAUUGCAUUCUGAUUCCUCUCGGACUGGAUGACUAUGCAACUGAGACGUCUUGUACGUUUUUUGGGAUUUAUUGUCAGCCAGGAAACUUCUUUCCAGAUAGACUCUUGGAUGUGUGUGACCUGAGGAGUGGUUGGGAUGCAGUGAUCAUGUCUGGAUGCAGUAAACGCAGAUAUUAUACAGCAUAACCAAGAGCCAGAGAGUUGGAAGUAUGAGAACCCACAAGGCCCAAGCCCAUGCUUCAGCCUCAUCGUCCUCUCAGCGUUUGCCGUGCUUCAGUCUGAGGUCCAGGAAGAAUAAAGGAGAUGUAGUCCAGGGUAAGGUGCGCAUCCGCUCCAUGCCGGGGGCCUUCCUGGUGCUGGGGAUGAUAGUGGUGAUUGUUGGCACAACACUGGCAGUGGUGGGGUAUUGGCCAUACCGGGUGCACCGAUCAGCAGUAGGUUCAGUGAGUAAGAGCCCCUCUCAGGGAUCCAAUUGGGGCCUUGGAGCCAAAGGGUUGUUCUCAACGGCGAGUCUGAUUCACACUGACAGGAUGAAACUAGUAGGACCUGUAAUCAUGGGAGUGGGACUAUUUAUUCUCAUCUGUGCUAACACAGUACUAUAUGAGAAUCGAGACAAAGAGACUCAAAUUCUGCUGGCUGAGAUGCAGAGUGUGAUGUGCACCAUGUCUACUGUGCCCUCAGCAGACUUCACCCAAGUAAACUCACUGAUCAGGCAUUACCACUGGGUUGGCAGCCUGCCUUCAACCCACUUGAACAUCUUGUGCCUAAAAGAACUGGCCUCCUCUGAGCCAUUGCUGCACAAAAGAAACACAAAAGAAGACAGCGUUUCACUUCAGAGAGAAGUGAUUCACACUGAGGUCCUUCGUCAUCAUGAGUCUUUAUUCAUCUCCUCUAUUCAUUUAUCAGAUUCCUGCAACUCCAGCAAAGGAGACAUCAGCACUUACCUGGAUGUAGAAAAGGGAGAAGUCUGUGGCCACCAGCCCCAGCCAGAGAGGCACUGUAACCUCAACAGGUACCUGACUUCGUCCUUUAUGUCUACCCCGGAGAGAGAGGACUGGGAUUUAACAAUGAUCCCUCCAAGGCGCUCCCAUAGUAUGAGUUAUAGAACUAACUCAGACACAUUGUCUAAGCCCUUAGUACACUUAGAGGAAAGGGCAGUGCAGUAUACAAGUUGCCUUAAACUGUUCCCACAAUCAUACAUCUCUGAGGUAUGUAUGAAUCAGCCAGGGAUUAGCACAAAGACUAUUGGCUUGGAGCUUGUACCUGUGGAGGGUCAGAAGCACCACAGUUGGCCUUGACCUGAUCUUGGAUAUUCUACAACUCAUCUCAAACGAUCCAAUCAUUUGGAACAACUUUUAACUUUUCAGCUAAAAGUCUCAGCCAUUUGCCAAAAUGGAGCAGAUUAUUUUGCUUGCAGAGAAUAAAGACCUGCUAUGGUCAGCACCAUCAUUUUUGCAAUCCAUUACGAGCUCUAUAAACAGACCUGUUGAACAAACCAACAGUCAAAUGUAUUGGAUAGGAAAUGCAGCACUGUGUCACAAAAGACGACUUGACAAAUAGCCCCAUUUCUUUGUUUAGUCAGACAAUAGCAAAAAGGGACUCCGUUAGUUAUUGCAGCCAAAUAUUUGCUUCUUUCCAGGACAUUUUAAGUAGCAUAGAGCACAGUCUAUGCUGUAUCAGUACUAACCUCCCCAAUAAGGUUUUAGACUGAUAGGUACUUUAAGUCUCUGACCUAGUGAACUACCAUGAGGAUGUGUUUUUGAUAGAGACUCCAAACUUCUGUAAGUUGUUCUAGAUAUGGGUGAAAUGCCAUAAGUGUAAAUGUAUCAGUUUGAAGAUUAUAGAUGCGAUAUAAAAAGGGCUUUCCAUGGAUUUGUGUGCAGACAUCAAUGCUAAUAAUACCUACAGGACUGUUUAUCUAACCAAAGACAAAGAGGGAUGUUUUGUUCCACUAUAAGGAACAUAUGUUUAUAUGUUUAGGUCCACUAUAAGGUUGCCCAUAAGAAAACUUUAUUAGUUUUUUUUUCUCUUUUAGAUUUGCAAGGUUUAACAUUUCCAUCUCAUCCAGUACCUUUGAUUGUGGCAUUCAUGACCCAUACUCUUAAAACUACCUACAUUUACAUUACAUUUACAUUUAUUCAUUUAGCAGACGCUUUUCUCCAAAGCGACUUACAAAUGAGAAACCUCUCAAGAUUACCUCUCUCCCUACUCCACAAGGCAGCAGUAAAAGAACGAUUAUACUGGCUUCGUUAUUAAAGAACACCCUGGAAAGUUUUGUAAAUUGUUAGUAAAUGGUUAGUUCCUCUUUGUCUGUUUUAUUCACACUGUGCAAAUUUUUUUUCCUAUUUAACAAAGAGAAUUUCACAGAUCUGUUAAAAACAUAUAUUUGGAGAGCCUAGUUCAUGAGCUCCUUUUUUGAGGUCACAAAAUAUUCAGUUUAAUAAAAUUGCAUUUGUAUAGUGCUUUUAACUGUAGACAUUUUCAUAAAGCAAAUUCAGAGAAAUGCGGAUGUAGGUAUAGAAACCGUAUUACUUGUCUGCAAUGGAUUACUAUAAGGUCAAUCAGUACCGAGUGUGUUUAAAGUAUGGUCAAUAUGAGCAGAUGGUGACUCAGAGUCCUUGAAUAAGAACAGGAAAUCCUUUAUGAUUACAGCUGUUCUUAGGUACAAAUAUCCAGGUGAGAGUAUCCACUGCAGAAAUGGUGAGACAUGGGAAUUAACUGUUUUUGGGAAGUGCAAGCUUUACUAUGUUCGUGUGAGUUCGUCCACAGCAUCAGAGAGUGAUUCACAAGUGCAGACACUUGUGAGAGAGAGAGAGAGAGAGAGAGAGAGAGAGAGAGAGAGAACAAAUUAUUAGGUAUGCUUUUAUGUUACAGUGGUUUAAAAUGUUUUUACAGCUUUGAACUGAUAUUAGGAUGACAUGGUACUCAGAAACUUUACCCACAGAAGUGGUGUGUUGUGUGCAUUUGACUUAUGAACACUUAUUCUUAUGGUGUAUUUUGUUAAAUGAUAUAAUGUAUUUUGGUAAAUCACUGACAAUAUAACUAAGAAAAAUCAAGACUCAGUACUAAUAAUAAAAUGAGUUUGCAUGCGGCUGGAAUGCAAGCGGCAUCUCCUGCGUAGUUUAUGCACGUCUGGAGGAUUGAAAGCGAUAUCUGCUAGACGUCACAUCAGAGUCAAAUGUCCCUGUGCGUCUGGUUUCCAAGUCAAACUGUAAUAAAACUCGCUUAAAACUUUCUGCGUCAUCGUGAUUGUUGUCCUGAGCUGUGUCUCAAUCGAAAACUCUGAUCUUUCAUUCAAACGUCUUUACUAAUCUAGAAAAUCCAGAAGACCGGUACAUAAAACAGAGCUUUUGAAACAGAGCACAGAGCACACAGAGCAGUAAAUCAGUUUAAGUAUUUAUAGUACUUAAUAAUGGUUGGGAAUAGUACACAAGUGUAUGAUUCAAGACACAAAGCUAGGUUGUUUAGUCAGUUGUGGACACAAUGUCUCAUAGGUGGAUCACAUGACUACAGUAUUUUGCCCCCUACAGUUGCAUGACAUGGACAGAUAAUAUUUAUUUCUCGGGGAAAAACAGCAGGAAGUGUGCGGCAGCCAUGUUGUGUACAUAUAUGCAUAUAUUAAAGCAAGUUUAAUUCGGCUUUAAGAAAAAAUGGUUCUUCAAGUGUUCUUUAAGGGUUAAUUUAAUAAUUAAGGAUUCUUAGCCUUGUCCUUAUUGGAACGCUUUUCUGAAGGGGAAAUGGGUUCUACAUAGAAUCUUCAAGGGUUCCCUCAGAAGGGCAAUUGAAGUUUUUUGUUCUCAAUUUUCUAAGAGUUUUUAGCCGGAUGUUAGCUGUUGGGGUGAUAGGAGAUUGUGCAGCGUUUCUAAAUUGCAUAUUGGUGUAUGAUGCAUGUUCAGGCAGUAAAACUGUAGACAUAUUCCUAAAGCAGUUGUAUAAGUUUUGUAAGCAGUAAAAACAUUAAUUUAUUAUACUACAUAUAUUACUUUUAACAGGUUAAAAUGUUUAGGGGUACUUUCAGAUUAUCAUUGUUAUUGCCUGCAGUAAUGUAGGGAUAUGAGUACAUUUUCCAUCCAGUAGGCAGAGCUUAAUUAAACACUCCUGUGUGCUGGGAGAAGGUCCAAGUCAACUUUGUUUACAAGUCCAUCUCUCUGACUGUUGUUUUGUGUGUUCUGUAUGCUGCUUGUGUGUUUUGAUUGUAGUCUAAACAACAUGUGUUCAUAUGGAUGAUAACUGUGCACCAACCACUGCACUGAAUUUCAUAUCUGUGUUCCAAAUAAAGGCAAAGCAAAAUACAUAAAUAAAUAAAAUGCUUACAUAUUUUUUUAUGAAAAGGGCAAAAAGUUAUUUUGCUGGUUGUUACUUGCGCUGUUGGUAAGUGUGUAAAAGGUCAGGCCUAUCUUCACGUCACACUGUUGUGUCAGUCACAACAUGACGUGCUCUGGCUAAUAAAAUAUGUCAAUGCAUC